AUGAAGAUUCUCAUCCUCUCUUGCCUGACAUUCUCCGCCAUUUUGGCGCAACAAACUUCUGCCCCAGGUGGAAACCUUUGUACUUAUUCCCCAGUUGGAGAUGAAUCUAAUGAGAAGGCUGUCCCAAUUCAAGACUUCAGAUCUUCCGGAUUGGAUUUCAUCAGACCAAACUGGUGCAUUACCCACUGUGCUGAUCGCAAAUCCGUCAAGGUUGCCGCUCGUUUCCAAUUCGCCAACAACUCCACUAAAGCUGCAACCUACAAAGUCCGUCGUACCUUCACCCGUGCCUCCGGAAUGAAGGUUCACGCCGAGCUCAUCAGCGGAGAACCAACCCACCGUGACGAUAAUCCAGACAACUUCUGCAUGGAUGACUCCGUGUCAGCCCAAAUCGACACCAUCGUCUCCACCUACAAUGAUCUUGACACCAUGGCCGAGGCCCUCAACUAUUUCAUCAAUAAGCCAGGAUGGGCAUACAUUAUUUACGACAUGGGACCACCGCCAAGCAUCAUUGAAACCGACAAUGUCAAGCAUGACAUGAACUACUGUGAGAAGUUCUCUCAGAAGAAAAUGUCAGAUGGAACCUACGCCUUGUACCAAGUCUUUGCUGGACUCAUCAAGGCUGAUUCGCACUAA